AUGGCAAACAGAGGCUACGAUGUCGUGGUAGAUGUUGAUCAGGAGGGCGACCUAGGCCACACCGACCUCCAAGAAGACCUCGAAUUCCACAGCUCUGACUUCGACACGCAGCCCAACUUGCGCGCCGCCAAGAUCCAACCCGACAGCGCGUCCUUCCUCCCAGGCCCCGCAACCGCGUCCUCAUCCACAGGUCGCAAGCACUACCUCUGGAGCCUCUCCUUCUACGCGCAAGCCUUCGACGUCGACACAAACGAGGUCCUGCGCCGCUGCACCGCAACCAUCUACCCGCGCGCAAACUUCCUCGACGUGCUCGAGGGCAACCCCGAUUUAUACGGCCCCGUGUGGAUCGCGACGACCGUCGUCGUCAUCUUGUUCCUCACGGGCACUAUCAACCAGUACCUUGCGACGAAGGGGCAAGACCACUUUGCGUAUGACUUCAAGCUGCUGAGUGGGGCUGCGGGGCUGGUGUAUGGGUAUACUGCGUUUGUGCCCGUAGCGCUGUGGGGCGUGCUGAAGUGGUAUGGGAGUGAGAGUGCGAAUCUGCUCGAGUGUGGGUGUUUGUAUGGGUAUGCGAAUUUGGUGUGGAUUGUGGUUGCGCUCGUUAGUUGGAGUCCGAUAUCGAUCCUUAAUUACGUCUUUGCUGCCCUGGGCCUCGCUUUCUCCGCCGCUUUCCUCCUCCGCAACUUGUACCCUGUGCUUAGCACCACCGAGGCGAAGACAAGCAAAAUACUGCUCAUCGUUGUGCUGGCGCUGCAUGCGGGCUUUGCGAUUGCUAUCAAGGUCCUCUUCUUUGCCGCUACGAGCCCUGUCGGGCCAAAGGAUAAUGGCAAUGGAGGGAAGGUUGAUGGAGGGAGCAUGAUGAUGGGGUUAUAGAGUGCGACAUCAGGACGACAGGACAAGGAGUUCGGGGUUAUGAGGCUUGUACUAUCAUGCCUUUGAAAAGUGAAGUCAUAGAGUUUUAUCUUGAUAUGUUUAUGGUCCAGACAUACCCUCUAGAGUUUGCAGUCUUCUCUCGUUUGGAAUCGUAAUCACCUCCCAGCUCAAUUGUGCUAUGCUAGUUAUGUAGAAAAUGCGUUACUAUUAACACGUUAUGUCAGACCUUGAGGUAGACACACUAAUC